CUUUGUGGACCUGAGUAUCAAUUUACGAUGAGUACCGAAACCAUGCUGCUGGAUGAAGCCAUCGUGGCUGCGCUUCCAGUGUCAGCCGGUAGUAAGGUCACCUCGGUGACUCGACAUGGCGAAACAAAUUGGUCAACCGGGGUGAAGAUUGAUGUCACAACCGGAGAUGAAACCAAAAGCUUCUUCGCAAAACUGAUCGAGCGCGAAGACUACGUCCCCAUGGCCAAAGCCGAAUACGAAGGCCAAAAGACCAUCUCCGCCAUUAUUCCAGACCACGCCAUAACCCCCAUCGCCUGGGGCCACUACGCAAACGACCACACCAAAGCCUGGUUCCUAACCCACUUCCGGCCCCUCAAACCCUUCCACCCCGACGACGAAUCCAUCUCGGAGCUCCUCACAAUUCUCAAAACCCUCCACCACGCCUCCACCUUCCCAACAGGCGACUUCGGCUUCCACACAACCUCCUUCUUCGGCCCGCCGCCGAUGGUCGUCGACUGGACGGCGGACUGGGCGCAGUUCUGGGGGCGGGAGCUGCGGUCGUCACUGGCAUACGCGCAGCGGAUGCGGGGCACCGACGCCGAGCUGCAGGAGCUCGGCGAGCGGUUUCUGGACGGCGUCGUGCCGCGGCUGCUGGUGCCGCUGCAGACGGGCGGGCGGGCCAUACGGGCGGGCCUGUGUCAUGGGGAUCUGUGGGACGGGAAUAUCCAGGUGGACGCUGAGACGGGGCGCGUAGUGCUGUUUGAUCCAUGCCCGUUUUAUGGGCAUUGUGAGAUGGAUCUGCAGUGUGUGCGGGCGGAGUGGGGGGUGGUGAAUCAUGGGUUUGUGAAGACGUAUGCGUCGGAGCUGGGCAAGUCGGAGCCGGAGGCGGAUUUUGAGGACCGGGUUGCGUUGUAUGCCAUACGGAACGAUCUACUGACAGUAGGGAUGUAUGAGCACCGGGUUCAUUUAUUAGAGAGGGUCAAGGAAGAGAUGCGCAGGUUGCUUGUUAAACAUCCUGACGGUCUUUCGGGGUUCGAGGGUGACUUGACCCCAAGUAGAGAUUACGAGCCGGAGAGCGAUUCAACGCCGGGGGCUAAACUAUGAGGACGGUGGCGAGGUUACUUAGUGGCAAUCUGUAGCUAACACCUUGAACCUUGGAUCCGGCUUGAUCCCGCCUAGCUCAUGUCCGUUCCCGCAGCUUACAAGGUCCGAUGUGGCUCUUGUUUCAAAGGAUAAGCACAUCACAAUCUCGUCCUUUUGUCCCCUGUCUAUCUCGGUAUUUUAGUCGUUUCCCUGGGGGUUAAGGACGUACAAUAUCGCUCAUUUCCCUGUCGCCGGAGCAAAGACUUCGAUGUCUUCCCCGUCAUCCACCACCUCACUUCCACUCCACUUGUCACCAAUGUCUGAAGCGUCCAGACCCUCCACCACCACGUUCUCCAUAUCAACCCCCUCUCCCUCCUUCUCAUCACCAAGAGACUCCCCAAGCAUCGUCCCCC